GAGCACAAAACGCCAGCAGCGCGCCCCUAUGGCAAAAUGGCGGCGAGCGCCACCGCCACACACGAUGGGGCAGCCCGAGAGGAGGCGGGAGCGCCUCCCGUGCGCACCCCGCCCUCGCUGCCGCGGUGCGGGCUGGGAGCUCGGGGGCGGUAGCGCCAGGAGGGACGGUGGCGGCCAUUUUGUGCCUGCCUCGCUCGGCUGUGUGCGGGGCUGCUGUGGGCGUUGCGGCUCCGGAGGGAAGGUCUCGGCUGUCUCCUCUCCGUGUAGGUCGGGGGCACUGCCGCCAUGGGCCGUAAGAAGAAGAAGCAGCUGAAGCCUUGGUGCUGGUACUGUAACAGGGAUUUUGAUGAUGAAAAAAUCCUUAUACAGCAUCAAAAAGCAAAGCACUUUAAAUGCCAUAUAUGUCAUAAGAAACUGUAUACAGGACCUGGAUUAGCUAUCCAUUGCAUGCAGGUACAUAAAGAAACAAUAGAUGCUGUUCCAAAUGCUAUUCCUGGAAGAACAGACAUUGAACUGGAAAUCUAUGGUAUGGAGGGCAUUCCAGAAAAAGAUAUGGAGGAACGGAGGAGGUUACUUGAACAAAAAACUCAGGAGAGCCAGAAAAAGAAGCAACAGGAUGAUUCUGAUGAAUAUGAAGAUGAUGAAUCUGCAGCUUCAACUUCAUUUCAACCCCAGCAAGUUCAGCCCCAGCAGGGGUACAUUCCCCCAAUGGCACAGCCAGGUUUGCCUCCUGUGCCGGGUGCACCAGGGAUGCCUCCAGGUAUACCGCCAUUAAUGGCAGGUGUUCCACCCAUGAUGCCUGGAAUGCCUCCAGUUAUGCCUGGAAUGCCACCUGGGAUGAUGCCGAUGGGUGGAAUGAUGCCUCCUGGGCCAGGAAUACCACCUCUUAUGCCUGGUAUGCCACCAGGUAUGCCACCGCCUGUUGGUCCUCGUCCUGGGAUGCCUCCAAUGACACAAGCGCAGCCUGUUACGGCACCAGGCAUUCUUAACAGGCCUCCAGCUCCUGCUGCAUCGGCACCUACUCCCCAGCCUCCAGUUACUAAACCACUCUUCCCAAGUGCAGGGCAGAUGGGGACACCUGUCACAAGCUCAAGUGCAGCUUCCUCCAAUUCAGAAAGUCUGUCAGCAUCUUCUAACGCUCUGUUUCCUAGCACAGCACAAGCUGCAGCAGCUGUUCCAGGUCCGGUUGGUACUGAUUUCAAACCUUUGAAUUCUACACCUGCAACAACAACAGAACCCCCAAAACCUACAUUCCCUGCUUACACACAAUCUACAGCCUCAACCACUAGCACGACAAACAGUACUGCAGCUAAACCAGCUACAUCUAUAACAAGUAAGCCUGCUACCCUCACAACCACCAGUGCAACCAGUAAGUUGAUCCAUCCAGAUGAGGAUAUAUCACUGGAAGAGAGAAGGGCACAGUUGCCUAAAUAUCAGCGCAAUCUUCCUCGACCGGGACAGGCUGCUUUGGGUAAUCCACAAGUUGGACCAAUUGGAGGUAUGAUGCCACCACAGCCAGGAAUUCCUCCACAACAACAAGGAAUGAGACCUCCCAUGCCACCUCAUGGUCAGUAUGGUGCUCACCACCAGGGCAUGCCAGGAUAUCUUCCUGGAGCGAUGCCUCCAUAUGGUCAGGGACCUCCGAUGGUGCCCCCUUACCAAAGUGGACCUCCUCGACCUCCAAUGGGAAUGAGACCUCCUGUAAUGUCGCAGGGUGGCCGCUACUGAUGCUACUACACACGCUCUAAUAGGUUUUUAGAAGUGAAGUAUAGUAAAUAUGGUUCGUUAAAUUGUGAAGGCGCUGGAAUUACAUGAACAUACCACCUUAAAGGCAAGUUCUGUAACAUUACGUUGCUAUUUGUGAAAUGAUGCCUUCACAGCACUUCAAGUGCUGUUGGACUUCAUGUCCCCAACAUAGUUUGGUGAGGGCUGUAACUGUUCCCAACUACUUGUACAUUUAAGUCUGAACUUGUAACAAUAUUUAAUGUAUUUAGAGUUCCUCCUGUUUCAGGGUUUAAGUAAACUGACCCACUAAGGUCGUGUGACUUUUCUGUACUGUUAUAAACUUCAUUGUAAUAAAAGAAGAGAAAAAUUUAUAUGCCUUUUUAUUCAUGACCAGCUGUGGACAACUGCCUGAAAGGUUUGUACAGUUGCAUGCCAUGGUAGCUAUUGGUGUAGUGAACACAGUUAUUGGUGCUGUUUUAGUAAAAUCUGAAUUCCUUGUGCUAAAAUUAAGUCACUCUUUAGCUGCACGUCUUAGUAGACAAAGACCUGUACACUUAUUAACUGACUCCUCAAAAAUGAGGCUGCAGGAGGCACAUCUUAACUCUUGAUUGUAACUUCUGUUAAUGCAUAUGUUUCUUUAUUUGUGCUUUCUUGACCUCAAUAAAUUUGAAAUGAUUUCUAGUCCUGGCACUUACUUGUAGGAUGUACAAGUGGUUGCUCUAAGAUGCAUCCUAGUGCCAGCUGGGUCCUGUUAGUUCACUCUUCGACUGACUCUUUUUAAUGUGCAAACAUAAAUGAAUUUCAGGAGCCUUUUAGAUGAAGAUUUCUAGAAGCUUAGGUGCAUGUCACAUGGGUGAGUGACUUCCAGUUGAUGUUGUAUUGAAGUUGACCUGCAAAAGAGAAAAAGUAGCUUGACCUUCCCAGUGUAUAAAAAACAGGGGAGCAAGAGUAAUGUGUAAAUGCUAUAUUUUUAUAUGUUCAGAAUUUCAGAUCUCAGCAGAGUCUGAAGGACGAACCAUCAGUUGCAUGCUGUGAUCAGAUGUUGCCUGAGUUUCUUGAGCCAUUUAAUAGAAGUGUCUAGAGUAAGAGACCUUUUUAUCAGUUCUAAUAACAGUUAUUGGAGAGGUCUUCCCUCUGUAAGAGUAGAGUGAUAAAUUACUGUCAUGGUGGUAAUUCUCUGAACGUGUAACAUCACUGUGUUAGUGUGCUGUAUUUCUGAUGAGAAUGAAAAUGUAGAGGCAGACUUUUUGGAGGGAAGAGAAGCAAGAGGUUCCCUGGUCUCUUCACAACAGGGGGAAAAGAAUGGUAAAUUUUUCAUUUGCAGGUCAACUUUAAAUACAUGUUCCAGCCUCAAGCCUUAUCUGUGCACUUUAAUUCGUGGGGAUAUCUCUUCUAGGGUAGGUUAGAAAGGUUAUCAGCAUUUUCGUGGCAGUUUAUGUUCAUAGAUGUUUUGUAGGUGGUGGAGUUUUUUACUUAAUUAUAAUACAGAGCAUUAUGGCUCUUUUUCUUGAAAGUCUUGGGGUUUUUAGCUGCACUGAAGUACUUCAUGUGGUUUAAAUCUGUACUGUCUCUUAAUAAUCCAGAGGUACAGUGCAGCUAAGAUAGUCUCUCAGCUUCAAAUCUGGGGUCAUGGAAUGGCUCAUAAAAGCACUAGAGCAUCUGGUACAGUCUAAUUACAGCUGAAUGGCCUUAGUUUAAUUAUUAAGAAUUGUGAAGUGCUUUUUCUGAAGUGUUUAGCAGUUUUAAGACCAUAACUCCAAGCCUCUAUUGAGAAGCAGUUCUCUCUGAUCACUGAUAUCUGCCGAUCACCUGUCAGAUGUGCAGUAUUUGGCUUGCAAAUGUGCUGAGUGGGCCUUGAUGUCAGAUCUUUCGUUAGCUCUUCAUCUUGCUUUAUACAUGAGUAACAGAUAAAACUGUUUUGCUUAAACAAUGCUUUUAUACUCUGGUUUUCUUCUGUUUUUCUAAUAAGGGCAACUACAAAACACUGGAGAGAUUUUUACAGCGUCUUGCAUUCAUCCUUUUUGUAACACUACAUGUUAAAUUAAUAGAUUAUAAAUUGAUCUUAACUUCUGUUUUUAAAACUGUAGAACUUCUUGCUUUUUCUGAAGGUCACAUUGCUGCUGUAAGGAUGCUUUCCCCUCCUGCCCUUAGUGAAGUAAAUACCUUCUCCUUUUGGUGUCUUUCCCUAAUUUUCCAUAUGUUGUUUUCAGACCCCUACUUUUCCUGGGAGAAAUACUUGAAAAGCUUACUGCAUGUACUCUUAACUCAGCAUAUUCUGCAAGUUGUAUUAAUUAAGAGUUCCCCUCUUUUAAAUAGUGAAUGUCUUAUUGUUCCAAUAAUAGCACCAUUUUGUAGCUAAUAAUACUGCAUAGAGUUAGAGCUUGGAUGCAUUUUAAGAUUGAACUUUCCUUAGUGAUGUUAUAAUUUCUCAACAAAGUACUGCCACAUAUUAUUCAUAUGGGACUCUGAUAAUCUUCAACAAGCAGGUGGAGGAUUUUUCCAUGAUUUUUCAUGUGGAUAUGUACUUUCCUGCUCCUGUCAUUCCUGUGCUGUAAGAGCUGUGAUGUGGCUAUCUUUAGUUACUCUUGUGUUUCUCGUGUGUGCUCUUCUGCAAGCAGGCGGGUAUUUCAGUGCAUAUGUUGUCUGUUGGUCCUUGCCUUCAUUUCUUUGGAUACUGCUUCUUAAUGUUCAGAGAGUUGGAUUUAUGGUGCAUUUUCCCAAAAAGAGGAAAACUACUUGGAAUGUCAUAAUUGUUUGUAUAAAGACUAAGGCUUGCUUUACAGUACAAAGUUUAAUCAACAUGGUUGUGCCAGCAAAAUCCCUGAUGUAACACAGCCAUGCAGACAGGUUUUUUGCUUUAGUUAAUCUCUCCCUGGAAAGAAAUUGCAGAAGCCUUUCGGAUUACAGAAAAAGCAUCUCUUUUAUAUUUGUUGAAGUGCUCUAGUGAUACAAUUUCAUAAGCAGAACCUAUAUUUUUCAGUUGUUGCCAAAAUUUGCCAUGGCAGAUAUUGCAAUAGAAUUAAAACUUGCAAGUGGAUUUUGAUCGAUCCUAAAUUUGGAAUGUAAUGCAAACAUUGAAUACAAAAAACCAGGCUGAAAGAAAAUGUUCAGGUGGGAAAAUGUUUAGCAACAUAUUUGGAGUUUAUGGCAUCUAGAACGUGUUUAAAAGGUUCUAAAUUAUUUUAUGUGUGGUCUCUCAAUAUCAUUAUGAGAAGUCAAUCUCACGUCUGAGUUUUAGAGCAAAGGGGGUGAGACUGGCAUGAGAGAACCUUGCGAAAGCCCAGGCUUCAGAAACGUUCAUACGACUGUUUGAUGCUGCCUGUGGAAUAUCUUUCUGCCUUUGGCAAAGGUUGCUUUAAAUAAAAUCUUUAAAAUUUAGCUGGCUUAUGUAGACUAAAAAGGGCUUCAAAUUCUUCUACAGAGGAGAUUUUUAGGUGCUGAUAAUAAAUUUGAGGCUGGGAUGUAUAUCUUAUUUCAGUGGAUAACUAUUCCUUGCUCUGUGCAUGCAUGAGAGAAUAUAAACAAGCUUCUAGAAACUGCAUCUGCCCUCUAUGGUUUACCUGCAUCUGCCCUCUAUGGUUUCUGCAAUUAUUUUAGCAUAUGGAGCUCUUGAACAGUACUUGCAUAGAACCAUAUAACUUAUUUUCUUAAAACUUGGAUAAAAUUGAAUAGAAUGUAUAACCUGCAGUUACUUUAUAGGAAUCAAAGAAUUCUGUAAACAAGAUAAAAAUAAAAUACCAAGAUUACUUCAGUUUUAUAAAGAGCAAGACUCUUCAGUUAAAUUGGGACUCUGAUGUACCAGUCCAUGAGCUGGGGCUACAAUUUAAAGUGGUAACUAAAGACACUUCAAAAUAAUAGUAAACGUCUUAAUAAUUGUACUGGUCUAGCUUCUACAUAAGUACUAAGGUGAGGGUGAACAUUUCCAGUGGCUGGUGGGAUCUUUAACUCUACUUUUUGUGAACUAGUACAGUAAAUACUAUCAGUUAUGGGAGAAGUGCCCCAAGACAACUGACUUAGUUCCAUUGAUCAAGAUACAAAGCAAAACAAACAGUCCAAUCCAGAAAUAGCUACCGACUGUAAAUCUGGGCCGAACAAAAUAGGUGCUAUAGCAGUCAUUUGGUUUGCUUGAUCACUGGAAUUCUGUUAACUUUGAAUGCAUGUCUUUCACUUAAUUGGGUCAUGUUUUUUCUAAAAUUUAAAUUUUUCUUCUUCCUAUAGCCCUGCCAUAGGACAGGCUGAGGCAGAGUCUCAGUGUUGCCCUGUUCAGUCUGAGGCAAGUGGGAUUUAUUUUAUUCAUUCUGGGGGCUUUCACAGCUUUAUGGCUGUUGGAUAUUUAUGUCCCCAAACUUGCAGCAAGUUUGGUGAAGGCCCCUAAAUUUAUUUUAAUUUAGGUUUUUUUUUUAUUCUCUUUUGGUAGAUGGGCUCUAUAUUAAUAUUUAUCUUUUAUCAUUGUGUUUUUAAGAGUCUUAGGGGGAGGGAACAUGUUUUAAGAUGUUUGGGUACCUUUUCUCUUACCGGAGCGCGGUUCCUUCGCGGCUGCUCAGGUAGUCCUUCAGCCACACUGCCCUCUCCCCCUCUUCCCCUGCAUUGCAUUUGUGCUGUAUUCGUUUUGGGGUUUGGUAAUGUGACUUUGUGUAGUCUCUGAACUGGUGUCAUGUAAAUAGCAAUCACUAAUGCUUCCUCUUCUGAGGAGAUGUAUCUCUUAAAGUGCUUAAAAUACUUAGGUUUUAACUAGUAAGUGACAUUUAUAGUCACAAAAUUCUGUAGCCUAAAUUAUAGAGUACAGUUUCUCUGGAGGAGGUUUAAUACUGCUGCAUAUGUGAGCUGCACCGCAACAAAUAUUAAUGUAGAGCCCUAUGAAGGAAUAAGAGGUUCAAGUUGGUAAGGUAGAAUAGAAGAAUGAGAAAUGGAAGCUGCAGAUUCUUCAGUUCAUCAGUUUCAGGGAAAAUCUCUUCCUCAGUCUCUCAAACACACCAAAUGUGACAUUGCAACAAUACUGAAAGUCAUGGUGCUUUUUUUAAACCUUGUGGAAUUUUGUUGCAUAUUCAAAAUUUGCUUCCAUAUGUACUGAUGUGAAGUUCCUUCUUUCACACAGUGACUAGCAAAAAAUUGUACCCUUUGUGAAGGAACAUGAGCUUUAGUGUUGCUGCUCACUCUUUAAGAUGUAUUGGCUUUGAAUGCUUGAGGUUGCUUAAAGGCAGCUUCAGCUUCAGAAGAACAGGUUGUGUCCACAGAGGUCAUGCAGCCUGUCAGCAGUGAAAUAGAAAACUAACAAAUUUGGGGUCUGGUUUUAUAACUUCAUAAUUUUUUUGAGGUAUUUUUAAAGUGUGUGGUGUUUUUUAAUGAGUGUAGACUGCUUCAUUAAGAUUUUGCUAAGCAAUGACCCCCAUUGUGAUUUCCAGUAACUUUAAUUAAAGGAUAGAGUUGAGAUUCAUAGUUACAAGAGUGUAUUUCACAUUCCUGUUUGUACUCUGCCCUUUGCAUUUUUCCUGUAGAAGCCCCCCCCCCCAACCCCAGCUAGUCCAGUCUGACUGGAAAACUGGCAUGUCCUCUGUUAAUGGUUUCAAAAUGAUUAUUGAGCAUGGUGUUGCUUUUCUAAUUCUUGUUGUGGUGCUACCCUUGAUCACAGUGAAGAUGAGAACAACACUUGAAGAUACGCUACUGCAACUAGUUAUUACUUUCACGUGUUUAGUCUAUGGGAGCAUUUUGCUUAGUUCUCGGUUCCCUAGAAUGUCUGAGGAAACUGAUUAACAAAAAAGCUGUAUGGCUUGUAUUUCUUGCUUUUAACUAUCUGAAUCUCUUAGAAACUCAAAAAGAAACCCAGGCAAAUCUCAGAUAUCUGAUGCUGAACUUCGUUAUCAGUUUCCAUUUAAGACUGAUGCAACAUUAGGUAGUUUUUAUCUGGCUUCUCAUAAUCAGCUUGCCAUCAAGCACAGAAAGCUGAAAUUCAGCUACAUCUUGUGUACAGUGACAUACCCUACUUGGAUCCACACUUGGGUUAUAUUUCAUAAAUUGGUACCCUGGUGAGAGCCAAAAGUUUCCAGUUCAGAGCCAUUGGAUCUGUUUUUGUUGAGGAUAUCUAGGUUUGACAAACUCAUGGAAAAAAUGUCUCCAGAUGCAGUUCCUGUUUUCACUGUGUGUAAGCUCUGUAUACUAAUACUGAGGAGCAAAUGAACCAUUUAUUUGAGUUUUGGCAUGUUUUGUGAGCAAACCAGCAUUUCUCAGCAUGACAUUGCUGUGCGUAUUUUUUUCUUGAAGCUGCUUAUAGACAAUUCCAAGAUUAAUUUCAUGCUGUCUACUUAUGAAAGAUGCAUUUGACAUUAAGACAAUUCCACAGUGUGUCAUUGUAUGAAUUACAGGGGUUUUGACUCUUGAGUUUUCCUGCUACACUGCAAAUGCCACUUCUAAUUUCUGGUGGGUAGUUCACACAUGCUUCACUUCCAUCCUUUGCAUUCCUGUCCUUUCUCCAAGUCUCUAAAGGAUUGGACAGGAGCGGGUUUUGGUUUUGUUCCCUCUUUGGGAGCUGGUAGCUUAGGCAGAUUACAUUCAUGUUCCUCUGAUCUGUUACCACACAGUGAUGUUUGUCCCUAAAUUUGCAGCAAGUCAUGAUGUGAAUUUUUCUUUCGCUUUGUGUUUUGCCCUUAAAGAUCCAUGCGCAAGUAAGUGCUGAAGUCUUUCUAGUCACAAGGAUGGCAUAUUGGCUCUGUGCUCUUUGCUGGGAAUAUCUCCUCAGCUAUUAGACCAGCUGGCCUGUCAUCAUGAAAACAAUCUGUAAAAGCCUCAUCCAGUGCAAAUGGUUCACAUUUUGCUCUUUUUGUGAAGUUCUGUUAGUGACAUUUUCCUCCCUGCCUCCUUGUGUGGAUCUAAGGGGGUUAGUUGAACAAAA